GUGACGUCAUCGCCGUGCGCCGAGCAGUAGGUCACAGGAUUGAGCGACUCCCCGGCGGGGUUGUUCCGAUGAAAUGUCCUCAGUCGUUGAGUAAUUCACCUCAGACUGGCCAUAUUUACCCAAGUGCGGGAGGUCACACGGACACAAACGGCGGGAAUAAUGUCGUAUUGCAAGCAAGAAGGUAAAGAUCGCGUCAUUUUUGUGACCAAGGAGGACCAUGAGGCUCCAAGCAACGCCGAGCUGGUGGCAGAUGACCCCGAUGACCCCUACGAGGAACACGGCCUCAUCCUGCCCAACGGAGACAUCAACUGGAACUGUCCGUGCCUCGGCGGCAUGGCCAGUGGACCCUGUGGCUCUCAGUUCAAGGAGGCUUUCUCGUGCUUCCACUACAGUACUGAAGAGGUGAAGGGCUCGGAGUGUAUCGACCACUUCCGCAACAUGCAGGAGUGCAUGCAAAAGUUCCCCGAGCUCUAUCCUCAGGAAGAUGAGAAGGAAAGCUCCAAUCAACCGGAGGCCAGCUCUGGUUCUGACUCUGUUGCCGCCCCAACCGAGAGCUCUGCCUCAGCACAAGAAAGUGACUCAGUUCCAGACAAUCAGGAUGCCAGCUAAGAUGAACCAAUCAUCAUCCACAGGCUCUUAAAACAUUCCAACAAUGGGUUGCCCUUCUGUUGCUCCAACCUUUAGGAAGGGCUUGUGCAGUGGGCGAAAUCAUUGGUGCCGUGGGUUUUAGCCACUGGAUGAUUACGAUUUGACUGCAGAACUUGUGGUAAUCAAGGUUUAGUUUGUGUUCAGCUGGGAAUAUUUAUUGGUUUGGGACACUUUGGUGCUAAUCGAUUAAAUACUCGUCACCAUUCCUCGUAGGCCCAAUGUUCCUAAGCUCACACUGCAUAACAUAACCCAAAAAACAGACAAGGUUUCUAAAGUUUUAGAUCAUCCUUACGGUUUACAGAACACGUUGCCCUUAAUUUUUCCUUCCAGGCUUACUUGUCUGACCUUUUCAUGUUCUUCCUGUCUAAGGCGCCAAUGCUAGCAGUCUCUUACACAUAAUAAAAGAACAACCAACGCCUUACAUUACAAAUAUGAUUGUAUUUGUCAAACAUAAAGGUUUGUUCAGUUUUAAUUUAUAGCAGUGCCAAUCUGGGUUGGACAUACUAAAAACCUUAUGAUUGUAAAAUACAAUAUCCCUGGUAUUUUUUGUUAGAAUCUGCUACUUGCUCACACUUCAUUUUUGAUCCAAGGACUUGAAACACAGAUAUUUAAUGACAAGGUUGAAAUAGAUUAACCACUGACUCAAAUGAAGACAGAAAUCAGGAGUACAGGCAAACAGACUUCUCAAAGGUGUUGUUCUCCAUCGACUGAUUGAUACAAAAGGAGAUCUGACCAUGGGAAACAUUCUUGAUCUGCUGCUCAAUCAACAACUGUAUUGGCAGGGCAGUCAUUUAGAAAUAAUAAAAUUGAGGCGGUGAAACA